UUAGUUUCACAAGAAUGGAGGAGAUCGGCGGGCAAACGUUUCAUUUCACGCAUUGAAAUGCAAUUUCCCCACGGACACCAUUCAUAUUUUAGUAUUUCCACGCCACAGAUGGUGACAAGGGACUAACAAAAACGCACACACUUGAGUGAACGAAGAGUGAUGACUACACGAGGGAUUGUCCAACGAGAGUGUGCUCUUACACUGGCCAUCUGGAUGACAAAAGCAGUCUUCAUUCACGGACACAGCAGUGAAUUUUCAGUACAACAACUCAUCACCUGUCACACACACAGUCUUCCAUGAUACACUUGCAACCUACAUAGGCCAACACACACACACACACACACACACACACACACACACACACACACACACACACACACACACAGAGUACCAGCAUGGACGAGCAGCAGGAGGAGGCAGAGGGUGUGUAUGUGGAGCACCAGUAUAUGUGCAGUGAGUGCCACCAGCUCUUCAACACCCUUGAGGAUGUGCUGAUCCACCAGCAGAUCCACACUGGCCAAGAGGGAGAAGGAGAAGGAGAGGCAAUGGCCAUCCAGGAUGUCCAAGAGAUGGGGCAAAGCCAGCAGUACCAGUGUCUGGAGUGUGGGGCUCUCCUCGUGAACCCAGAGGAACUGCUGCAGCACCAGGAGAUGCACAUGAGAGAGGCGGGGAUGGAGGUGGAGCAUCAAGAGCUGUGUGAGGUUUUGGAGACAGAGGAACGGUCAGAGGGUGAGAUGGCGGGACCUGUUCAGUACCAGUGUCUUGACUGUUUGGCUCUGUUUGACUCACCUGAGACCUGGCUGGAGCACCGGCGGACCCACAGCAGGAGCAGCACACACAGUAACACAGAGACCAUGUUGGAAUAUGUGCUACAGUCGGAUGGCACCAUCACUCCACUGAACAAUAUGCAGAACUAUGUGCUGAGUGAGCAGCAGGCUGGGGAGAUUUUGGCACAGGUACUUGCUCAGCAGCAGCAGCAACAACCGCAACAACAACAACAACAGAAGAAACGUCAAUCUGUUUCAAAAUCUGCUGCAGCCUCCCGUUCCUCCCUGCUGCCUCCAGUGACCGCGACCCCCGGCUCUGCCACAAUGCACCUGCAGAUUCUCACAGCUCAAGCUCUGGCAGACAACUCCACCACCCCCAGUCAGCGACGCUCCAAGCUGCCCCCCCUGUUGCCUGCUGUGGGCCGAGGCUCUUCGAGAAAGUUGGGGGUCCUGGAGAACGGGGGGAAGAGACUGGAGUUAAGGUUGGCUCCCAGGAUCCAGGAUGACACCCAGCAGCAGCAGCAGCAGCAGCCAACAGAGACGGUGGUCAGCCACCCUUAUGAGUGCUCAGAAUGCUCCCUUCUCUUCCAGACCCCAGAGGACUUCCUCCAGCACCAGGGAGAGCACUUCCUGGCUCAGGACAAAGAGAGUGGAGAGCCAGGCGUCAUGAGUGGCAUCGAGGAGGUUCGAGGGAGGGAAGAGACUACAGAGAAGGUGGAGGACGUUAGGAUUCGAGUAGCAGAGAAGAAAGCAGCUGCCUGGGCCAAGCCCCAACAAUGUGAGCUCUGUAGCCGCACCUUCACCUCCGUCAACCGGCUGGCUGCUCACAAACGUGUGCACGAGCAGGGCACCCAUGAAUGUCCAGAGUGUGGCAGGGUGUUCAAGAAGGCAACGUCACUGCAGACACACAUGCGGACACACUCAGGCGUGGCCAGGUACUUGUGUGUGGACUGUGGCAAUGGCUUCACCACUGAGAUGACUCUUAUCAUGCACAGGAAGUCCCACACUGCAGAUCCCCUUCACAAGUGUCAGUUCUGCAACAAAACCUUCACCAACAUGACCAAGUACCUCUACCACCGUAGGAUCCACCUCAACCGAGAUCCACCUGGCACGCCCGUCCCUGUCUCCAUGGUCUCAGCUCCAAGAAGAGCAUCUCCCUCUGCUCUGGCCAUCCUACAGAGAGCAAGAGAGAAGAAUAGUCUCACGGAUGAGACAAAGAUCAGCCUGCUGGCCCCUCUCACAGAGGAUGAGAUGGAAAAAUUGGGAGAAGAUCCAAUACAAAGUUGUCCGACCACAGUGGAAGGAGGUGAAGUGGAGAAGCAGGGGGAGGACAACAACAUGGAGGUGUCUGCCCCACUUUUAGGCAACACCAGUGACCCCCAGCAGGUGGAGGACGCCACCAAGUCUGGCGUAGCUACACACCCUGCUCCCCUGGAGGACACUGGUGGAGGUAUCGCAGCUGGAGCUGCGCCAUCGGACAAAGGGCCCUUUUCUUGUCGUUCUUGCUCUAAGACCUUUACCUCCCAGCUACAGCUCGUUCACCAUCGACGCAAGACCCAUGUCACCGAGCGCAGCUUUCUUUGUGGCAUCUGUGGCAAGUCUUUUAAGAAGCAAAUCCACGUGCGCAACCAUAUCCGCAUUCAUACCGGUGAGCGGCCCUUCCAGUGUUCUGACUGCGGCAAAACCUUCUCCGCUCUGGCCAAUCUGAUGAGGCACAAUCUCAUCCACUCCGGUGUGCGCCCAUACCGCUGUGACGUCUGCCACCGCUCCUUUUCUCAGUCGUCCAACCUCCGUCAGCACAGCCUGCUGCACUCCAACGCUGCAACACUGUGCUGCCCGGACUGCCCCGCCACCUUUCGCUGGCCUAUCAAGUUAGCAGCACAUCGCUACACUCAACAUCCAGGGGCCCCGGCCCCUUUCCCAUGUCCUCACUGUGAGGCUGGCUUCCUGACUAGGAGGCAACGAGACAGCCACUGUCUGCAGCAGCACCCGGCCCUGGUGCAAGCUGGCACAGGGACAAAAGAGGGCAAAGAGACAAACGACCAAGCAGAGUUGACUUCCGAGCCCUCCACCUCAACCACAGCAGAGACCGAAUCAGGGGACUCAACCGGUCUUGUGCGGGGGGGUCUAGAUUGUAACGUUUGUGGGAAGAAGCUCAAUUCUCCUGCCAAUCUGCGACUUCACAGACUGAGCCACUUCGCCUUAGGCCCUGGGCGGUCGCGGUGCGCCACCGGGAAGCGCCCCAAAGCCCACCAGUGUCCUAUCUGUGGCAAACUAUUUGUGUCUUCCUCUGGAGUUGUACUACACCAGCGGGUCCACACGGGUGAGCGCCCAUUUCCUUGCCAAGUGUGCGGCAAACGCUUCCGUCAGAACACACACCUGCGAGAGCACCUGCGCACGCACUCGGGGGAACGGCCAUUUCGCUGUGAAGUGUGCGGAAAGGGUUUUGUCCAGAGUAUGCACCUGGCUGAACACCGUCGGACACACACAGGCGAACGGCCACAUGUGUGCCCGCAGUGUGGCAAAGCCUUCAAGACCUUCUCCAACCUGAGGAACCACAAAAAGACGCACGCUAGGCAGCAGAGGCUGGAUGAAGAGGCUGCUGCCCACGCUGCCAUGGAGACCAGCUCUGCUGCGGCAGUGGUGGACGCUUCGGCAGUGGAACUAGCUAACGGGCAGCCUCAGCUCAUCCAGAUCCAAGCCUCAGAUCUUCCGCAGACACAGGGCACUCCUACUAUCAUGUGUAAUGAGUUUGGAGAGACCAUAGCCAUCAUUGAGACCAGCGAGGGAGAAGCGCUGCCUCUGGAGCGGGCCUUGGAGAUUUAUCACACCGCUUUGGAGAACGGCCUCGCUAUGGACACAGUCGCCGUGGACGGACUGCAGAUCCUCUGAGGACGAGUUUAAGUGGACAAAAAAAAUUAAGUUUAUUCUGCCAAAUUGAGGAGUUAAGUACUUGUCUUAAUACUGACUAUUUGACUACUUUGAGGUUGAAUAUUCAGUUCAGACUUACUGGAACCAGAUAAUUAUGCACUGGACAAGAAUGCUACAAAAUGUCAAAAUUGAUAUUGAGUUCAGCAAACAGACCAAAGUAAAUAAUCUUCCCUACAAAGCUAUGAGAGGGAGCAGGAAUGAAGUUUACUAAAAUUAAGGACAUGACAUUCAUCAUGAAUAAGGACCAUUGGUUGUGCCUCAGAUGAGAAGAUGAUUUGUAUGAUUAAUUUUAUCAUUUAUACAAAAUGGAUGUGAUUUGUCUUCAGGUUUGGUAGUGCUGUUGAAAAUAGUUGAACUCAAUAAAAUGUAAAAUGUUUUUUUUAAGGUGAUAAA